CCGGCUCUUUCCUCCGCGUGUCGGCGCCGCCCAUGGCCGAGGUGCCCGAGCCCGACGCUGGGGCCGCCGACGGCGCGGCGGCUGGAGCCCUGGAGACGCCGGGUUGGGAAGCCCCGGAGGACGCGGGCCCCCAGCCCGGAAGUUAUGAGAUCCGACACUACGGACGAGCCAAGUGGGUCAGCACGUCCGUUGAAUCCACGGACUGGGAUUCAGCCAUCCAGACUGGCUUUACAAAACUGAACAGCUACAUUGAAGGCAAAAACGAGAAAGAGAUGAAAAUAAAGAUGACGGCUCCAGUGACAAGCUACGUAGAGCCAGGUUCAGGCCCUUUUAGUGAGUCUACCAUUACCAUCUCCCUGUAUAUUCCCUCUGGACAGCAAUGUGAUCCACCCAGGCCUUCAGAGUCAGAUGUCUUCAUUGAAGACAGAGCUGAAAUGACUGUGUUUGUACGGUCUUUCGAUGGAUUCUCUAGUGCCCAGAAGAAUCAAGAACAACUUUUGACAUUAGCAAAUAUUUUGAGGGAAGAAGGAAAAGUUUUUGAUGAAAAAGUUUACUACACUGCAGGCUACAAUAGUCCUUUUAAAUUGCUCAAUAGAAAUAAUGAAGUGUGGUUGAUUCAGAAAAAGGAACGCUCCAAAGAAAAUGAAUGAGAGAAUGAAGAAAGUUCCAUUGCUGGGGCAAAACUUCUGUUUAAUAUAGACAUCAACACAACCCUCUGCUAUCUUCUGGCUGAGCGGACUACUGUGAAUUGAGUUUAUUUCCAAAGUACCUUUUUAAUGCCUGGAGCUUUCUCUAGGUACGCAGACAGGAUAACAGAGGCAAUAUUCUAUAACAUGUGUAUCAGUCAUCUUUAUUUCUGUGAGGAUCCAGGGAAAUAAUGUUGCUUCCCCCUUCUUCAUCACAAUUGCGUUGUCUUUUUUCUACUUGGAUUUGUGUCAUUUGGCUAUUAUCCCUCCAGAUUUUAUCAAUAUAAAUUGUAAAGAUUUACCCGGUGUAGAACUAUUAGGCUGAAAUGAAGUUCAGUUGGGUACCAAAUACAAA